GAACUAAAUUUUAAAUUAAUGAGUUAAGAACAAAAUGCAGAAAAUCAUAAGAGUGCAUACAACAAAAUCGAUAAAUGAAAUCUAAGAUUUUUUUUUUUGUAAAGGUUGUAAAGAAACAUAUAUUUAUAUGGAAUAUAUACAUGAACAUAAUCACCUCUAACAAUUUUCAUAAAAUUUGUAGUUAUGCAUUUCAUAAAAACCUAAGUGAAUGUAUAUUUAGUAAAAAUGGGGCCCUAAAUUUUAAAUGAAAAAUGGGGGCCCAAGGCAGUUGCCUUUUUCCAACAAAGGUGAGCACGGCUCUGCUUCACACAUACACGAUUUAUAAAGGGUACUUAAUAAUUGGUGAAGUUUCAUUAUCGGUAUGAACGCCCAUUAUUUUAUCUUAGUUUUGCCACAUUUUACGCGUUAUGUAUUCGUCAUGAAAUCUUUUAUUAUCCUUCCCGAAUCUUGUACGUUUGACUAAUGCAUGUACAGAAUACAUAUGUAAGGACGACAUACUCAUUUUAUAUAAAAUCCUAGGGUUUUUAACACUCAAUACUCAUAGUUAACCAAACGCUUAAUCCAAUUAAAAUGCAGAGUUUAAUUUUUCAGUCUCUCAGCACCUCUUUUUAUUUUUAAAUUGAGUUUUAUUUUCCUCUAAAUAUUUGUUGUAAUUCGUUUAAAAGGGAUCUAAUAUACGGAUAAAAGAAGUUUCCUUUUUAUUCUAUAUCUUCGAGAGAUUAAUUAAGGAAAUGUUCUUCUAUACAAACAAGAGACGUUAGUUAAGGAAAUAUUCUUCUAUACAAUCGAAAGAUUAAUUAAGGAAAUAUGCUUAUAUAUAUACACGAUCGAGAGAUUAAUUAAGAAAAUAUGUAGUAAAUAUGGAAAUAAAUCAUUGAGUUUGCGAUUUAAUAAUGACGAGAGAGAGAGACGCUUGUGUUUCCGUAGGUUCCAAGAAACCUAUAUAACAUAUUCAAGCUCACAAAGUUUCUCUCUCACUUUCAUAAUUCUUCUCCUACGUGUUGUUUUGAGAGAGAGGAAAAACCCUAGUUUCUUAGAGAAUCAAGAGAACUCACCAUGCGAGCUUCUUCUUCGUCGUCUUCUAACUCACUUGCUGCAACCAGUUUGAGCAAUAGACUAAAGACAAUCUUCAAGAAGGCUUCCGAGCUUUCUAUCCUGUGUCAAGUUGCGGUUAGCGUCAUCUACUACGGACCAAACGGCGAUUUGAAGACAUGGCCUAAGGAGAAAGAGGUAGUGAAAGACAUGGCCUUAAGGUAUAAGGUGGCCACCAAACGCAAGAAGAGCUCUAAUCUUCGUGAUUUCUUGGAGGGCAAGUUAGAGAACGAUAAGAACUUGAAGAAGAAUAAGAAGAAGACGAAGAGAGAGUUUGAGAACGUCAAGUAUCCAGAUUGCUAUCCAGUUCUUGAUCAUUACUCUCCCGACCAACUCCAUGAACUUGUUCUGUCCUUACAAGGGACUCUCUCUACUAUGGAGGAAAGGAUUCGUGUUCUAGAGGCAAAGAAACAGAGGAACACAAACUUGGUUCAUCAGACAGUGCAACCCUCAAACCCUAGCAAGUGCUCUCUGUAUCUGUAUAACCAUGACGAUGCUACUCUCUCACAGCUCCCACUCUCUGCAUCACAUUCCAACCAACUUAUCAAUUACCAAAAUCACUUGAGGAUGCAGCAGCAGAGGCUUUAUGAUCCUUGCGUAUCUACCACGCAAGGUCACCCAGCUUUACUUUCAGUACAAGAAUCUAGGUUGAAGAAUCAGUUGAUGCAGCAGCAGGAGGCUUAUGGUUCUCAUCAUAACGUGCGUAUGAUGAAUAACACCACCAACAGCAAGGUUCUAGGACAUCCUUGUCCCUUAAAAACAAUUCCAAAGGAGUUUUCUUUUGAUCUCCAGAAGAACCCUAAUGAUGAUAUGGUCGGUAGACCUAAGUACUCUCAAGAUUUUCCAAAUUUGUUUUUAGCCUAUGCUGAUAUCCCUCAGCUUCAGACAUCUUCUCUACCAUCUAUACACCAAACCAUUCCUAACAUUAACCUUAUUCCUGACAACUCAAGAUGUCCCUGAGUUGAAGUAGUUACCUCCUUGAGAGCCAACAAUGAAGAAGUGAAGGGAUGUUUCUUCAUCUAGGUUCCUCCUGCUAUAGUCUAUAAGUGGAGAUUUUUGUUUUGACUUUUUUGGUUUUCUUGAAUUUUGAUAUAUUUAUUCAUUUUUGUAACACUGAUUUAUUAUAAUACUAUAAUUAUGAGAAUGAUUAUCUAAACGAUUCUACAACCGACAAUUCAUAUGAUUUAUGAGAAUUCACGUCUAAUUGUACUACUUGCAACCGCUUCAUGAAGAUCCUCUGAUUAUUUUCACUUGCAUCAUGUUGAAGAUCUCAUGUAAGUUGCUUCUGUUAAUCUACAUAAUUGUUAAUAAAUCGUCUUCUCUGAAGUUCACAACCUUGAUUUCACAGUUUGAAAACAUGAACCCUUGAUGAAACAACUGGAUUAAAAAGGCUUCCACAAUACAUUUAUGUAUAUGCACAUCCAUCUAAAAAUAACCGAGAAGUAAAAAAAGUUUGCAUUAGAGAUAAGUAUCACACAUCGAAAAUUCAAAUGGACCGUAAGUAAUAUAUAAAAGGUUACAGCCAUUCCAUGUACUACCAAUUGAUUUUAAGUUAGAAGCCCUUAAAAACAUGAAUAUGACAUGGUAUCAGAGCAUAGAUCCUAUAAACUGUAAACCCUUAAUUAAUUUAACUUCUCUAUUUAAUCCUCUCAACCGGGUAUAACUAUUUUACUAAACUCGCUCAACCGAAUAUAAAUAUCAAAGUUCUGAAAUUUCUUGCCGUAAGAACCAUCAUCUCAAAAAUGAGUAUUAGGGAUAAGUAUAUCACAUCAGAAAUUGAGGAUGUUAAGUAAUAUAUAGAGGGGUAAACCCGAAUCUAGGAGUUGAGAUGUUUAUGUGUUCAGUGACAAGAAUGUUAUCAGUAUAUAAGUUAAACAUCUCAACUGGUUUAAUCCUCCACCUGGUUUUCAUUGCUCUUGCAUCUUUAAGUAUUCAAUCCUCCACCUGGUUUUGAAGGCCCAUUGUUAAAGAGAUUCAACUUCCAUUUUAUUUUAUCUACCCAUCAACUAUUCCCGCGGCAAGCAAAACGCUAAUUCUAAUAGUAUAUAAGAGCUUGAGCUUUUAGCGUUUUGAUGUUAUCAGUUUGAAUACAUCUAUCUUAUUAAAACUCAAGUACAAAAUUAGAGUGUUUGGAGAUUUGAAUAGAACUAUUAAAAAAUUUGGAGUGUUUGGAAACAUGGAUUAAAGUCUUUAAAAAAAAAUAUAUUUUUGUUUGAAAUAGGCUAAUGUUUUUUUAAAAAAUUGAAAGUUAUCUAGGCCACUUUUAAAAUAUACCAAAAUGGGUCAAUCUAAUUGCCUAAAUUUUUUUUUUCUAAACUAACCAUAAAACAAAAUUUAAACUUUAU